GCAUCAGCAUCAGCACCAGCACUGCCCGUGCGUGAUGACGUCACCACUCUGCUUCGGCGUGGUGCGUAGCGUAACAUUCCAUUGAGAAGAAGAGGGGAAAGAUGGCGUCCUCUAACAAUCCUCGCAAAUUCAGCGAAAAAAUCGCUCUGCAUAACCAGAAACAGGCGGAGGAGACCGCGGCGUUCGAGGAGGUCAUGAAGGAGCUGAACAUCACCAGAGCUGCCCGGUUGCAGUUACAGAAGACCCAGUAUUUGCAACUAGGGCAGAAUCGUGGACAGUACUAUGGAGGCUCACUGCCCAAUGUCAAUCAGAUUGGAAAUGGCAACAUUGACCUGCCUUUUCAGAACUCUGUGCUGGAUACCAGUCGAACAACCAGGCACCACGGGCUGGUGGAGCGUGUUUACCGUGACCGGAACCGCAUCACCUCUCCUCACCGCCGGCCGCUGUCAGUCGACAAACAUGGACGCCAAAUUGACAGCUGUCCUUACAGCUCAGUUUACCUCUCACCACCGCCAGACACUAGCUGGAGAAGGACAAAUUCAGACUCUGCCUUACACCAGAGCGCCAUGAAUCCCAAGCCCCAGGAGGUGUUUGCAGGGGGAUCACAGGAGCUGCAGCCUAAACGAGUGCCUGGGAUGGAGGACUCGGAGUCGAACGCAGACAAGGAUGCACAGUUGUGGAAUGACAAGAAGGAUGAGUCGGAGCCCAACACAUGUGAUGUCCCUGGAAUCAAUAUAUUCCCAUCACCAGACCAGGAAUUGAACCCGUCUUUGCUCCCAGCUGCACACAACACCGGCGGUUCGCUGCCUGAUCUGACCAACAUCCAGUUCCCUCCUCCACUGUCCACUCCGCUGGACCCCGAGGACACUGUGGCCUUCCCCUCCCUCAGCUCGUCCAACAGCACGGGCAGCCUGACCACCAACCUCACCCACCUGGGCAUCAGCGCAGCCAGUCACGGGAUCCCCACCUCCUCUCAGCCCACCAUGACUGCAACGGCACAGCGCCGGCAACCUCCCGUGGUGCCGCUCACCCUCACCUCUGACCUCCAUCUCCAACAGUCGCCACAGCAGUUCUCUCCCACCCUGUCCUCACCGGUCAACAUCACACAGGCCGUACCAACAGAGACAUUGACCCUGGAGCAGCUUGCCCAGUAUCCCCUGUUCAACCAGUUGACGGUUCAGGCCCAGCUUCAGCUGCUCAGCGACCUGCAGAAGCAGCAGCAGGUCCUGUCACAGGGCAUCCAGCUCAUCACGUUCCCGACUCCAGCCUCCACUGGCACCGCCAGCAGCCCCUCCCCAGACAGCCAGACCCAGACAAUCGCCAGCAUCAGCAUCAGCUCGUACCGCAAUCAGACUGGCUCACCAGCCACUCAGUCUCCAACCUCCCCAGUCUCCAAUCAAGGCUUCUCCCCCGGCGGCUCACCUCAACACAUCCCCGUAGUGGGCAGUAUAUUUGGCGACUCCUUCUAUGAUCAGCAGUUGACAUCGAGGCAGACCAAUGCACUUUCUCACCAGCUGGAGCAGUUCAACAUGAUCGAGAACCCCAUCAGCUCCGCCAGCCUUUACAACCAGUGCUCCACCCUCAACUACACACAGGCGGCCAUGAUGGGCCUCACUGGCAGCAGCCUACAGGACUCUCAGCAGCUCGGCUACAGUGGCCACAGCAACAUACCCAAUAUCAUCCUCACAGUCACAGGUGAGUCUCCUCCGAGCCUCUCCAAAGAGCUGACCAACUCUCUGGCUGGCGUCGGCGACGUCAGCUUCGACACAGACUCUCAGUUUCCUCUGGACGAGCUGAAGAUCGACCCGCUCACCCUGGACGGACUGCACAUGCUCAACGACCCCGACAUGGUGCUCGCCGACCCGGCCACCGAGGACACGUUCAGGAUGGACAGGCUGUAACCUUAGAGGCUGACCGUGGCCAAUAACAAGAAGAGGAAAAGAAAAAAACGAAAAAACACUAACUUGUGAAUGGAGAGAAACAAAGGGCAGGAAGAACCCUCUCCCUCGUUGCAUGGCUGUCCAGCUGUCCGACCUCAGGACACAUCCAGUGGUUGCUGGGGAAUGGCCCUGCUGUCCCUUUGAACGAGAUUGGUCGCUCAGUGCUUUCGCUAGCCUGCUGUGUUUACAGUGUACCAUUACAUGCCACAUAUAUUCCAAACGCACAUUUUUUUUUCUCUUCAUAUCCACUUGAGUAUUUGUUUAUAUUUGCUCGUAGCAGGAAGCUGCUCGGACAUUGGGCUAAACCGUUUCCUGUUAUAACGGCUGUUAUAUCAAAAAAAACUAACAAAAAAGAGAAAAAGAAAAACUCCAUCCGGUUUGCUUGUACCUGGCGAUCAGGUGACUUGGUUUCCCCCAUCAUGCUGCAACAGCUUUCUCCUUCACACCUAAAGCUUUAUUUUUUGACAAACCAAAAGUUAUUUUCAAUCAUGUACUGUACGUUUUGAUGCUUUCUGUAUUUAUAUGUUCUAUUUAUUUAUUUGGUUAAAGAUUUUAUAUUCUAUUUCAUAAUUUAAAUUUGAUGCCAAAAUGCUCUCUGUAAGCAUAGUGUACAAUUGCACUGAUGUAAUUUGUGUCUAUUUAUUAAUAACUAACAUAUUUAUAUUGUGUUUGUUCAGCUACUUGGUUAAUGAAGGAGUGCAAAACCUCCCCAUAGUUGCUCUUCGGUGUUAGAUGUGCCAUUCUCCGAUGUAGGCACGUGGUCGACGCCGCCGUGCCGCCGCCCAACGCUUAAAUCAAAACGUCCUCGUCUCCACUGAUGGAUGGUUUUACGCCACUGAAAUUAUUUUUUAUCUGAGAAAAUCAUCAGGUAUUUCUAUUCAACUAGAAAGCGAGAGAAACGCGUCCAAAAUUAAUGCUCUGCAGGUCAAAAUCCAACACACGUUCAGACUGCUGCCGUCUGUUUUUAAACCAGAGAACACUCGAAUCUCAAACCUUUUGAAGUCGUCACUGUGAAAUCACCUGAUUUUGCCUUACAUGAGUGUUCUACUGUUCUACUCCAGUGUCUGACGUGACAGCGUAUUUUCGUAACAUAUUGUAACAUUUUGUGUAUUUGAGGGAAACUUAACUUUUGAUCAGUGAUACUUGUGGUUCUGUUGUGUAAGGUUUGACAAAUCAAUGUACUGUAUUUUGUAGCGGUACAGUUUUUAGCCAAAUUGUCAAUGUUUUUUAAAAGUGGGGCAAAAGAAAAAAAGAAACGUUAAAAAAAAAUCUAAGUAUGGAGGCGGUGCAAUUAUGGGGAGGCUUUCUGCUCCUGAACAGGGAAGCUCUAACAAAAUCUCUGCUGAUCUUUACCACAGUCAAUAACAAAGUUCUCUACAGCGAAUAGAUACAAUAGAUUUCCAUGGUCGAGUGUAGGAGAUGACUUAAAACGCCUUCAGACAGUUGUAUCCAUAAGAUGCAAUCUUACGAUUUCAGAGUUUAUGAAAAUAAGGAUUAUUUUUACUAGAGUAAGUAAAGAGAACAGAGAACAUAAAGGUUCCGUAGAAGAAAUAAUGAGUUUAUUUAUAUAUUUAAAGUACUUUAUGCAAUUUCUUGCCAGCAACAAGAUCGGCCUUGUUCUAUUCAGUGUUGCAAACAACUAAAAUGGUCACAUCGACGACAACAAUCGAGAACGUAGUUGACUCUGAAACUCUUAAUGUACUCACAUCAUCACUAACUAUGUUCAUGACACACACACACGUUUCUUUUUGCCAAAAUGUAUGAAAACAAGUGUCAAAUUUAAAAAAAACUGCUUCGGCCUUUUGUCAGAGUUUCCCUGAGAGUCGUUUGUAGGUCUGUGGGAUCAUGUUUGGUAUAUUGUUAUAUUUGUGUACAGACGUGCUAAUCACUUACUCACCUAAAGCGCUAUUGGGAAGAAUUCCCCACCUCCCACCUCCCCCUUCUUCUUCUUCUUCUUCUUCUUCUUCUACUUCUUUUUCUUCCCGAGACAGGAAUCACGUUUGGUUUUACUGCCCGACUCCCCAGUUUCUCAUCUGCUGUGCUCCUCCUCGAAAAGUUUGGUUUGCCUUCGACAGAUCUGUGAUUCCUAUGCAAAUAAGACGAAACAAAACAAAUCACCCUUCAAGAAAAAAACUCUCCACCUCCUGAUGUUUCAUUGUUUGACACAUUCCAGAAGUUAAGCUGGAUUUAUACUUUUGAGAUGGUUUGGUGAUGGAGCGAGGCCUGGAGCUGCCUGCUCGUGUUGUGUGUGACGUGGGGCCAAAGGUUAAUAAACAUGGUAGAAAUGGCUAUUGAGGACAAAAUGGAGAAAGAGAUUCAGUAUCAUCUCCAAUUGGAAGUAGCUUGAGAUAUGUAUAUUGUGAACUAGUGGCACCGUCCCAGUGCUAGAUCUCUGUCCACCGUCAUUGUAUGGUGUUUUUUUAUUUAAUUUUUAUUCCAGAGCGAGGUCUUUCAGUUUGAGAGCUGGACUUUUUUGAUUUCACCUUCAGGUUUUGUACCGCUCUCACUUUAACCUUCACAUCUAAGUAGCCCCUGCUCGUGCCUGGAUUUCAAUCGCUGGACAAAUGUGCAUUUUGAGAAUAAGCUUAAUCUCCUUGGAUCCGAAUUGAAUUGUGAAAUGACGCAGACCUGAUCGUCUGGAGGAUGCUGGCUGCAGGAAGUGGAGUUUUUGCAGUGGUGCUAUGACAAUCAAAUGAAAUAGUUUGCAGAACUAGGAAUUUAUACAGAGAAGCAUAAAUCCAGCUUUACUUAAUUCUUUUUUUUAAUCUUUUUUUGUUUCUAAAUUGCUCGUCCCGCCUAUUUCUUUUUAUUGAAUCACUUGUCGAUAAUCUUGACAACCACUUUCACACAAACUGCAUCUCUGCCUCUUCCACAGUUAAUUACUUCUUUGUGUCUCUCUCUGAUCCUAAAGGAAAACAACCUAAUUUAAGGUUUUAGAUCAGUGAAACUUUAGUUACUGUAAACAUCUGGCAGUUAUGAGCCAGGUCCUGAAAAAUAAGCCACUAAAACGAAACCCCCAGCAAUGCACAACACUUUACCAGAAGCCGGUUUUCUUUAUAUAAAGUCGAUAUUUUUUAUCACAAAAAAAAACAUGUUCUUAUUUGAUCUCUCAGCCUGAUGUCACCGAUGCAUUGUGGGUAAUGCCAGUGGUUGGAGCUCUCCUGUCAUUUCCUCCUCUCUCAUCCUGCUGAAUAACAGUCAUCCACACUGACCUUGUACAUACGCUAUAGCUGAAACUGAAUGCAUGACUAUACUGACAGAACCUCGACAAACGAAGACCUUCUCUUGCUCCACAGGUUUUGAUCCGUGUAACGUUCAAGCGAUCACACGCUCUAGAGGGAUGCAUGUAUGGGUUUCUCCUGUGCGACAAGUUUCAAUUUCUGUGACUCUGUUACCUCCAUCUCUGUAUUAUGGUUCUUCACGAAUGAUAAAAGAAUGUAAUCUCUGUGGCACCGUCCUAUAGUCCCAGCCUGUUGCCAAAUGACCCCCGACCUUUGGAGUGUUUUGGCCCCUUGCGGCUUCUCUCUUUCUUUCUCUGUCUCUGCUCUUCAAUCUUCUCCCCCCCCCCCCGACUGUUGCUCGUUCCACUCCUACUGUAGCAUCUGUGUACGAGUCGCUGUAAAUGGUCAAUUCUCGUAUGAAAAAGAGCAUCCUCCCCUCCUCCUCCUAUGUUCAUUACCUGUUUUGGCUUUCUUGAUAAAAUUGGAGCGGGCGACAUCGCAGUCCACUGCAUGACAUGAUAGACACCUAAAGAAGAUUUAUGUUGUUGCUUAUCAUGUCAGGUUCUGGACUGGGUAAAGUGUAAUUCUGUUUUGUUUUGUUUUUUUUUGUGCAAUGGUUUUGUCCACUAGUUGCUUGGCACUUUAUUUGUGGCCUCCUGGCUUUUGAGCAGGGACUGUUCUGCCCGAUGUGAAUGCUGACUCCACUACAGAUGUGUACACGGGAGAUAUUUUCAUGUCAAAGAAAAGAUGAAUUCUUUAUUUUCCUUUUGAAAACUAUAUUUUGGCUUUUCUUUUUAGGUUAAUCCGUGAAGAUUUUAGGAGAUACAACACUAGAAAGGGCUUUACUCCAGUGCAGCUUGCGCGCUCGUGUUGGGAAGGAACGGCGCUCCGAAUGUAUUUCUCUGUUUGUCAUCCCCCCCCCACACACACACACACACGUCUGAGUGAGUCACGUACAAACAGUGACAUUAAAACCACCCGAGUGCAGUGGUUAGUUUCAGCCUCAAAUAGACUCGACACUCACACUGCCACCAUCAACGCAACAGUGCUGCCUCAGCAGUGUCCCCUCAUGAAAUUAUCCAGACCCUAAAACCCUGGUUAAAUGACGAAUGUGUGAUUCCUGUCGAAAGUCCAACAUGUGCAGUUCUCCUGCAGAACAUUCUGAUCUACCAGAUGUGUAGAGCUGCUAGAAACAUGGUGGAUAAAGCACGGUGAGCUGCAGGAUGUGUGAAGGUCACCAAGUGGGAAACCUAGAAAUGAAAUGACGUAUGAGACCAGGACGUUUCACUCGUCACACAGAGGGAACAGCAGAGGUUAAGAGUUGGAUUUAAGCAGCUAAUACGAAUUUGAUUGGAGUUGGAGCUAGAAUGUCACUCAGUGGAGAACAGGCCUCCGCCCAGGUCCCACAGUUUAAUAUGGAAAACCAAAUAAAUUCAGGUUUCAUCAUCAAGAUCCUUGAAUUAUUCUUGGAGAAAAUGAAAAAACUAAGAUAGCCUGGAUCCAUCCCCUGAUCUAAGUCUACACUUUGGGGGUCACCAAAUCUAGUGAGUCUGAAACUAAACACUGAAUUGUAACAAAAAAAAGUAAAUUCUGGCCAACGAACUAAAACGGAAGGUCGAUUUUUCAAACACGAGAAAGACGGAUCACAUCAAAUCAUCUCCCACGUCUCGUAGAUCAUUGACAUUUCAUUCACCUGCUUCUUUUAGGUUGAGACUCCACUUGUCUUUUUAGCACAGCCCAUGUUCCCGUUGUGUUAAAAAGUCCUGAAUCAAAAUCUGAGAACGCAGAUGAGUGAAGCUCAAACAGGCGUCCUGUGUUUCCCAGGUCCUGAAAACAAAAGCUUAAGAUUCGCUGCUCAGUCGUUUUUUUGCUUUUUCCCUGAGAGCUUUAGGUCUGAAUAACGCGUCCCUUUAAUAACCUGGGUUUUCUAACCACAAUUCAUAGAAACAUGUAAAAGGUUAUGAAAAAAAAAACCCCACUGUUUAAGUUCCACUUCAAGCUUAUAGUGAGAAUAGCAUUAUAAUCACUGUUGUCCUGUAAGUCGUAGUAAAAAGAUCUGUAGGUACUUAUUUGUUGCCGUGAUUCUCCUUAUGUGACCAUUUGUUUAUAAGAGGAAAGAAAAAUGUCAAUUAAAUUGAAUGUGGAAAAACAGAUCUUUCUCUGCACAUAGUCUUGAUUUGCAGAAUAAUGCCAAUUCAGAAACAAACAAACAAACGACAUGGCAGCAGCGUGUUGCUGUGGACAUGCAUGAUGUUUCGAUCCUGUUGUAUAUUGUCUUUGCUAUCGGUUCUAUUUUGUAAUCUGUAUUUCCAAAUGCAAAAUUCAACAGAUUAUUUUGGAUAUGUGCAUGCUUGUGAAAUGUGCAGAAUGUUGAUUUCCACUAAAAG